UCAAUAAGCUACUAAAAAACUGAUUCCUUUAUGCAAUGGUUCUCAAUAGAGGUAUCCAUCAGAAUCACCUACGGAGCUUUUUAAACUUCAAAUUACUGGUCCUCUACUCCAAAAUUCUGAUUUGUAACUGUGGAGGAAUUCAUGUAGGUAGCUAUUUUUAAUGGUCCCCAAAUUCUGAUGCACACCUCCAAACUCACAACAAUCUCACCAGAGGUCAGAUCACCACAGACAUCACCUGAUCCCUCAGGUGGCUGAAUAUAGGUCUGGUCUUAAGAAAGAGCCUGGUUUCAAGGAAAGAAACAUGAGAAAGAGGUACCCUAGCACCUACCAGGGUGGAGCUUUCUGGCUUGCUUUCCUCCACGCUCUUUCUCUGUACCCAAGGGCACUUUUAGCCUCAUUUCCUGAUCUUAACAGCCUCACCUGCGGUGCUGUCGAGCUGCUGGGGCAGGCAGGAAUGCCGCGGACAGGACUCGCUCUCGUGGCCUUGGCUGCCUGGGUGGCUCUUCGCCCCUCGGAAGCCAUACUUCCCAUUGCCUCCAGCUGCUGCACUGAGGUUUCACAUCAUAUUUCCAGAAGGCUUCUGGAAAGAGUGACUACAUGUAGCAUUCAGAGAGCUGACGGGGAUUGUGACUUGGCUGCUGUCAUCCUUCACGUCAAGCGCAGAAGAAUCUGUGUCAGCCCGCACAAUCACGUUAUUAAGCAGUGGAUGAAAGAACAAGCAGCCAAGAAAGAUGCUAAAGGCAACAUUUGCCAUAAGAAGAAACACCACGGCAGGAGGAACAGUAAAGGGGCACAUCAGCGGAGGCAUGAAACACAUGGCCAUAAAACUCCUUAUUAGAGAGAGUACAGAUGAAGGUACACAGAUGAGUCCUGAGUGAACUUGGCCAUGGCUGGCUAUAAAUAUAUCAUGUGAAUGUUCCAACAGGGAACAGGGCAAAGCAAAAUAUAUUUUUUUAAAGGAACAAUUAUACAGAUGCAAAUGUAGCCAAUAAUAUAAUCAACUGAAAAAUGAAAUGAAGAGAGAAUACUUAUCUUCACAUAAUAUUUUAAGCUCAGCAUACAAAUCGAAUUUCUCCAGCUUUUUUAUUAUGAUGUUUUCCAAACCUACAGAGAAGUGGAAAGAAUGGUACUGCGAACAUCUGUAUGCCUUUACCUAGAUUAAUCCUUGGUAAU